GGUGCCUGCCUUCGAGUAUAAAGGGCGAAGGGUGCAAUCUGGAAUCCGUGUGAGAUGGGAGUGCUAAGCUGCUCUUCGCCUGUCUUGCAUGGAUGGAGAAGAACAUGCGCCGCAGCAGACGCAGACCACACAUCAUCAUCAUCAUCAGCAACCACAGAAUGUCGAGGGACGCUGGGUACUUUGGAGACGUCGUCUGUCGUGCCGUGGCAAAGGUUUUGUUGUUGUACGGCCGCUUUUCUUUCUCUAUUUAAUUAAACUUCUCCUGCCCUCCCCGAUACACCGCCCUCCUUCUCCUUCUCGCACCCCCUUCUUUUUUUCCCUUUGGAUCGCAUGCGUUAUGAAGGCAUUUCGUAAGUAUAUAUAUAUACCUUGCUUUAUUCAAGGAGGUAAACGUACGCUCCUGCGCUGUCGAAUUCACCCAGCCACGUUGCAAACAAUCGUGGGGAAAACAGCGAAGAAAACGAAGUCCGUGAAUCGACUUGUGGCGGAGCUGUACGGCUUCGUGUAGCUCUGGUUUCUCCUCUUUCACUUCUUCUUCGACUGCUUUCGUUGUCUCUCCAUUGCCCUCCCGUAUUGCACUCCGCCGCCGAAGGAGCUCAACACGGCGAAUCCGAUGAACCCCAAACCCCCAAAGAUCAUUGAUUAUUAUUGUUAUCAUUCUUGUUAGAGUAUAUACAUUUAUAGAGAUACAUCUGCUUGUGUGUGUGCUUGUCUGUCUCCCUCUGUGUGUAUGUGUGUGUGUGUGUUUCGUAUGCUUCGUUUCGCCCGCGUUUUCCACUGAGCGUCGGACCACAACCAGUUUUUAAAUCGUCUUCAUCCUUUUACGUGUUCUACUGCCAACAGCUGCCGCGCCGUCGUCUGCCCUUUACAAGAAGAGAAGUAGAAGGAAGAAAGGGGGGGGGGGAGAGAGAAGCAUCACGGACAUACUCGUUUCGGGAUUUUAGCUCCUAGGUGCGUGUGGGCUGGAUGCGCUCUUCGUUCCCCGUCAACCCGCGACGCGUUCGCCGCUCCUCCGUACCGCGGCAGCCGCUGCAGUGUGAGCGCGCUGCCGUAGCACCCUCCGGCCCUUCGAAGGCCUCGCGACCCACCUCUGCCAGCACCGUACCUCAACUCCCCACCCGCGACGUUGACGCAGAGGCUGUUGCGCUGUGUGCGAGGGUGGGGCUGACAGUAGAGGGGGAUACGAACACGGCGGAGGGCGGUGCGAAACGCUGCUCUUUGUCCUUUCCGCAGGAGGAGCCGGGGACGUCAGCGGGGGUAAGCGAGGGAGGUCCGUCGUCGGCGGCCGUCUUCUCUCGCGAGCCGUCAGCGUCCACCACACGCGCGCUCUCCGGAUCGCUUUCACUCGCCCCGCACGCCGCGUUCCCGUCGGAGGCGGCUCACGAAGGAGACGGCGCGGAUGCUCAGCGGCUGUUCACACCGUCGAAGGUGGUGGGCGCGCUGGUUGUGCGGGUGCGCUGCCUCCUGCGGCAGGUGGAGCUGCCCUUCAUCGACACGUACGUGAUAGAGUCCUGUCUUUUGCAACCCGCAUCCUUCGCGUCGACGUCUCAGCUGCCGGCGCAGGAGGGCCUCGCAAUGCAGACAGGACGCCGACCCGCUUCGUCACCAUUGCCUGUGGCAGCAGCUGCAGCUCUAUCAUCUCCGCCACCGUCUGCCCCGUCGACCCGCCCUACCCUUGCCGACCUCCACGUCAACAGGACGCAGCCGCAGAAACACAGUCCAAAUAAUAUCCUGACACACAAGAGUGGAGGCAACAGCGCUGCGACGUCUGCAAUAGAGCUCACCGCUACCGCGGCGGCGGCAUCGCGCAUGUCGGGGACAGAGUCCCCUUUGCUGAGUGUAAAGCUGCUAAGAGGCUCAAAGCACGCGUGCUACUACUUAGCGGAAGACUCUGCAGUGAACAGCUUGCCGAUCGCAUCGAAGACCAGCGGCGAUGCUUUUCUGAAGGAGUGGGGGAAAGACGAAGCCGCAAAGAAGGAGGAGCCCACGGGGCAGGAGGAGCCUUCAGAAAAGGGCACCCCUGCCUUCCUGACGGAGGGUCUUACGACCGACCUCAAGACAGACGCGAACAUCAUUGACACCGUGGCCGAGCUGGGAAGCAGCGCACACGAGGUCCAUGCUCAGCGUGCCUCGCAAACUCCGCUGCUUUCGGCACCGUUGCAGCGGCCGGGCGCACCACCACGAGUGCCCCCGCAACACGGCAGCAACGACGACGUCGGCCACUCUCCGGCCGCUGCCGCACCUCAUCCACGAAGCGGCGUGUCCCAUCUCUCUUCGCUGUCCGCUGUCCCUUCAUCGUCUUCGUCUUCUCCCUCGUCGCGUUCUGAACUGCUGCUGCUGCUGACGAAGACGGAGGAUGCGCUGGAGCGGUACAAGGCGGCUUUGGCGGUCGCCCUGCUCGCUGUGCAGCACCGCGAGGCGGUGUGGACGGCGCUGCAGCAUUUUCUGUAUGUCGUGCAACAAGACUGGGCGCCGAGCACGCGUACCGCGGAGACCGGCGUAGUCGGCAGCGAGGCGGGGGAUGAUGUUUCCGCGCGCGAGACAAACGAAGCGGAGGAGGCGCCUCUUGCAUCCGCAAGCCGGCUUGUUUCGCGGUCGCCGUCGUUGUCUUCCUCGUCCGCCGGAUGCGGCGAGGCGGAGGAGGACUCGACACCCAGCGGGGCUCCUGUGCGAGUCACUCCACCGCCGUUGCCACUGCAGCACCUUUUGAAGCCUGCUCGCGAAACCGAAGGUGUGCAGGAGGACAAGCUUGUGAAGGACGGAAAGAAAGGAGGAGAGCUGACAGCCGCGCCUCAGCGCACCUCGCAGCCACUGCGCACGUCGCUGUGCGUUUCACUGGAUCAGAUUCUCACUACUCCAUCCGCACCUUCGUCUGCCACGCCUGUCUUAUUCAGCAACAAAAACCGCACUCUGCGAACGCCGUCCUCCUCGGCAGGGCUGACGUCGCUGCAGCCACCACGCACACCACGACCACCACUGCUGAUGCCAUCGUCGACCAUCUCGAAGAGUGGAGCAGCAGCAGCAGUAUCAGGAGGGACGUUAAUUAACGGUGGCAGCAGCGGUAGUGUCCUCCACCGCCGUGCGCACUCUGCCGCGGCACCGACAACGCGCAACACUCGUCGCACCUCGCUCGCAGAUGCGGGGGCGGCACUGAUGGUGCAGCGACCCGCGUCUGCCCUGCUCAUCGCCCCUUCAACGCAGCACGGCGCGCUGCCCUCUCUCCACUACACCAGUAGCAACGGCAGUGGUACAAACAGCGCCGGUUGGGUGCGGAAGGCACGACUGCCACAACGGCGCACCUCUUCCUUUGCGGGUGAUCCACCUCAGAGUACAACGCCGCUGUCGUCCGCGCGGGGCACGGCGUCGCUGCAGCGCUCGCACUCCGCGCCGCGCGUGCCGCCGGUGGCGAUGCUCUCCCCGCGCCCACCGAGUGGGCGGGCAUUCGCGGUGACGCCGCGCGCGCGCAUUCUGUCGCGCGGCAACGAUCUCACCGCCACCGCCGCCGCCGCCAACGACGGCACCACCGUUGACGGUAGAUUCAGUGCGCGAUCGAGCGAGGGGGAUCCGGGAAAGCAGGCGGCGAGGGGUGUGCUGGCGCCGCCGCCGUCUACGCCCUCCACAAAACCAGAGGUACGGCAGCCGCAGCCCCUCUUUAUUCGGCGCCUCUCUGUUGCGACCUGUGGGGGCGUCGCGGUGCCCGACGUGGAGAAGUCCGCUCCGCCGCCAGGGAGGUCGCCGACGGCCUACGACGGCGUCGUUUCUCUCGAAGCCCGCGUCCACGCCGUGCCCCGGCGCGUCUACGUCAACUGCCUCUAUCAUUAUCUCUUUUACCUCCAGCGAACCACGCUGGCCGUGCUGGAGUCGGUCGAGGAGCUGCGCACGCACCACCUCUGUCACGUCGCCCCGUUCAUCGUCGGUCAUCGGAAUUACCUCCUCGAAGUCCUCACGCAGACGUCCGCCCUGGCGAGUGACGUGGUGGUGCAGUGGCUGAUGCACGAGGAAGCUGGUGUGGGAGGCUGGGCCAUCCCUGCAGCUGCCGCAAAGGGUCGUGGAAGGAGCGCCCACCAUCCGCCGUCGAAGGGUCGUCGAGCCCAGAGCAACAGGUCGGACCACGCCCACACGCCGCUACGGCCCACCGGCUCAACAACCGCAUCAGCACCGGCACUUCAGCACACCCCGUUGGUGUCCUCCCUUUCCGGCUCCCCGAACCCGCUCCGUCGCAGCCCGUCCAACCCGACACAGGAGGCGGAGCAGGCGGUGGAGGCGGCGGCACACCGCGCCGUGCAGGUGGCUGCCGUGCAAGGGCGAUGGCCGGAACAGCUGCUGCGUUGCCCGCUGCUCAGCACCCACGCCAGUCUCGCACCAUUUGCGCUGACGCCUUCGUUCCUGGUCCGUGUCGCAUCAGCGUCAGCCGGUCGGCGCCACUCCCGAGACGCGUCAAGCGCACCAACGCAGCGCAGGGAUGGCGCGGCGGCGACGGAAGAGGAGAAGAACGUGCGGGCGGGGGUGGACGCUGCGGAUGUUUGGGCAGAGCCGCUGCUGCGGCUGCCGGACGCGGUGCUGGAGCGUUACGGCCACGGUGCUCACCACACGGAAAAUCAAGCAGCGUGGAGUGGACGUAGGUCGUCCUCCGCAACGCCCCGCUGCGACGAUGACGAUGACGCAGCGACGCAAGGGGCGCUACAAAGCGAUCGGGUCAUGCGCCCGUCGAAUGCCGCGGUGGUGCCGCUGAAGCCGCUUUCCGCCUCCCUGCAGAAGCGACUUGAAAAAGCAGAGGUCACCCUGCAUCGAGAAGUGGCGGCGGCGCUCGCGUACUUGCAGCUGUGCAUGCAGUGUGCGGUGCGGGGUGAGUAUCCACUCUACUUGCGCGGCAUCGCGGCGGUGCACCGCGAGUACGUUUCCACCAUGAAGCGGUGUGUUCAUGAUCCUGCGCUGAAGAAGCUUUCGAGGACGUCCUCCGCCCUGCAAGGGGCCGUGUCGUGUGAGAGAGCAGCAGAGACGGCAGGCCAGUCGGAUCGUGCAACACGGCGAGGUCGAUCACAAAGCCUCGGACAAAGCAAUCCCAUCAACUGCGACACGGUGGCAUUUGCGGAUGCAGGCUUACAAGCAAGUUGGAUGGAGGAGUUGAGGGUGUCGUGGCAGCUGCUCAUGUCUGGGAGCAGCUACGUGGAAUGA